AUGUCUUAUUAUGAGUCUCAAACCUCCUGGCAAAAUCAAUCCAACCGUCCCAACUGGGACCCGAGGGCUGCCGGCUCGACUCCUGUUCAAGCGCAUUUUCCACGAUCCCACGCCUCCGACCCCUCGGAUUUAACUGUUCGAUACACUGCGUCCAUGAAGCCAGAGGAUCCAUCUGCUUUUGGUUCUCAGCUCGAUGAGGUUGACCGAGCGGUUGAUAAUCUUGUGAAGAGCGGUAAAAUGUUUGCACCGCAACGCCGCGACUCUCUCCCGGUCAUGGGCCCUCGUGGAUUCCCGGUUGAGCAUGAUGCACGUAUGGUUGCACCCAUGCCUUCCCGUCAUUACUCUGUUCAGGAGUUUGACGUGAUGCGUUCUCAGUCUGCUGCGAACUUGCAGAAUUUUUACGCCACCCAGCGUUUUCAGCCCCGCCCGACGGAAGCCGAACAGAUGAUGCAAGCGAAGCGGAGAUUAGCGGCUCAGCGGGAGCGUGAUUUACGCAACUAUCAUCAGGAGCAGCAGUAUAAUAGGACACUCCUGGCCGAAGUUUCUGGUUACGGCAAAGAUCGUGUUAUGAGCCCUGGCGCUAUGAGCGAGGAUGAGAGGCGUGAGUUAAUCGCCCGCCAGCACCGUGCCCUUUAUACAAGCGGUCAUUCUGAAGGAUCUCAUUCAGAAGACGGUGUUCCUUUGGACGAGGGUAACCCACCCAGAGGAACUAACCCCAACUCGAACGGGCCUUCUGCGCCAGGUUCCAACGCCGGCGGUACACGCGGGCCUUCCCCUAUGUCGUCUGCAUUUGACCCAUUCGGUCAUCAGAACGGAAGGAUCGACUCUAAUGCCGUCCAGACCUCCGGGGAUCAAAGCCAGACUGGAAAUGCCAUAUCACCACCUAUACGAUCCCGGACUAAUAGUGCUUCUUCACCUUCAUCAAAGUCUGCAUCGUUUAGUCUAUUUGAUAAUGCUCAGGCACAGUCUAGUCGUACUUCUGCGUCUUCACCGGGUGGCUCGCCCCCUCGUUCCCAGAGAAUAUCUACCACUCCUGUGACCUCUUCAGGUGUUGCGCCUAUUGGGACACGUCCAAACGCUCAGAAUCAAAGUGGCGUCGCUAACAACAGCAAGCGGGCCAGUCCGCCCCUAAAUUCACCGCGUUAUAACUUACAGCAGGAGAAUGAUCCCUUUAACAACAGCAAUGUUAAUAAGGAGAGAUCUUCACCCGCACCUUCUAACAACUCUGCCCCAAAUGGUCAGGGUGAUGGACUUGGCUGGAGCAAAGUUUGGGGCUCCGGGACCAAGGGUCUUAGCGUUUGGGGGUAAGUAUUUAAUGUUUACAUAGCUGGGCUUUCUUAUGUUAAAGGGUGUUUAUUCUUGAUGCUUCGGGGCGCUGUGUCUUGGGAGGGCCUGUUUAAACUGAUUUUUUAAGUUUUUUAAGUCUUGUAAUUUGUUUUUUUUUUUCUUUUCUGGGUCGGGGUAUGGAUACCUAAACGUGGGCAGAGGGGUUUUCUAUCAACGGCGAAGUCAUUUAAAAUGGUUGUUCUUUUUUUUCUCCCUACAUUUCUUCAGGCGAAGAUCGAGAUUGUCAUGGGGAAGAGGUUUUCGAGCUUUGCGGGUUUAAACUUCGGGGUUUGGGUUUUGUUCGAAAAGAUGGGGCAUACUGGCUUUGGGUGGGGGUGGUGGGGUUGACGUACGUACAAAAAAUGUUGGCAUAUGGCUGUGGGGUUGGGUUUUGUUUUUGUCUUUGUUUCCUUUGAUUCUUUUCUCAUUAAAAGCGGCUUUGCGACCCUGGGGUUUACGGGACGCUCGGAGGGAUCGCAUCCGGGAAUCGAAAAAAUCUCAGCAUCUACGGGAUAACGACGAAGCACAAAAAAAAGCGUUGGUACUCAAAAAGAACGGGUUAGGUGCAAUUGGUGAUUUGUUCUGAACGGGUUGGGUUUUUCAUUUCAAUUGUUUUCUUUCUGUAUUGGGUGUCAUUGGGCUGGUGUGGAACUGGUUUUUCAUUAAUUGAGCUUUUUUUCUCGUCCCCCUUCUGCAGGAUCCUCAUGUUUGUGCGGUAUUUGAUGAACUUCACGCAUGUUACUUGCUCUCCCUACUACCAAUGAGAUUUUAUAUCUCACAGGUUUUGGAGUGUUUUUUUAUAUUGUCAAUGAUUCUCUUUCUUUUCAGUAGUGCAAUUCCUCGCAUUAACCCCAUGUCCUAAUAUCUCCCCACAUCUCUACCUGUUUCUUCACCUCAAUACUUUCCAGCCCGCACUGCAGCAGAUCAAAAAUGGGUGCACUUAGUAUCUGAUCUUUACGGGUCCGGCCGAACAAACAAAAAGCGGAAGAAAAAAACAGAAAAGCAUGAGAAUAUGAAAAUGUGUCGACAAAGACGGAAAGAAAGGAGGGAAAGGGCGAGGGAACGGAUGGGGAAGGGAAGACAAAUAUAAAUCAUGUAGUCCAGUCAGUCAUGUAUUGUAGUUUAGAAAGGUCCGGGGAAAGGGGAGUCUGUGGUUAUUUGGUUUGGUUUGGUAUGUUAUGGAGAAAGGUAUUCUUGAAAUAUGAUAUUGAGCUCUUUUUAUACAGUUUUUGCAGAACAGAAGUUUGGGUGGGGAUUUAGAUUAGGAGGUAAGACACCUGAUACUAGCUAGCGAGUCGGUUUAAGUAAUUUAGGUUACCACCUAGAA